AAUUUACCUAAAUCGGCUUUAAAGGAAUGACCCCGAUCGGCUAAAAGUCCUUUCGCUAUAGGGUACAGAAGUCCUUCAACUAUAUAGCGAGAUCAUUUUACAAUUCCCGAGUUCGGAAAAGACAUAUCCAUUUAGAGUUGACCUCACAGAUGUGUCCGUCGUUACACAUGUCUUUUGUUCAAUAUCAUGAGCUUCAGUACAAGCAAGGUGUCACCGACGUCACGAGAUCCAUUUUCGGCUCUUCGCAUCGAAUCUUAUAAUUUACGUGAUGUUCAAACUAUUAGAUGAAAUUGUAGUGGAUAAAACUACCACACACUAUAUGCUCAUUUCCCCUCGUCAUAACACUCGGAUCGUCUGCAUUGAACAACAAAAGAAGACUUUGCUUUUGGACGUGCACUUUAAAAAUUGAUGGCGCAACUCUCAUCCAUCUCGAACGCUUCCAUCAACACCUCGAUUGUACAACCUACAGUUGCAAAGGCAACAGAUCAAGAUAUCUUGGCUCUUGAGUUGAAAUCGAGACCUGUCUUGUUGGUAGUUUUGGAGUCAUUCGUUCUCCUUUUGAUCGAUUUCGUGGCGUUUUUUGGGAAUUCAAUGGUUUGCCUCGCCUUUUACAAAAACUCAAGACUGAGGAUCAUUCCAAAUUACUUCAUCAUCUCCCUGGCGCUAACGGAUCUGCUAACUUCAGUCUUUUCGUUGCCGUUUUCGGCAGGAGCACUAAUUCUCAGCAGGUGGCCCUUCGGUGACUGGGCAUGUCAACUGCAAGGCUACUUCGUAUUCGCUUUCAGCAUCGCUUCUUUACACACAAUGGCGCUAACUGCUUGCAACAGAUACACCCGAGUGGUUCAUUCAAAUCUAUACCCAAACCUUUAUACUUCCAAACUGACCAUGACCUCUGUUUUUUUCGUCUGGGCAUGGGCUCUCAUCUGCAGCGCUCUUCCUUUCAUCCUUGGCCUUUCGACGUUUAAUUUUCACCCUGGUACCGUGAUCUGUUACUCCACCCCGUCAUUUACGCCGGAAUUUAUUGCCCUCUUCACCAGCACGCUAAUUAUUAACAUACCUGUGCCUAUGGCAGUUGUUAUUAUCCUCUACCAUAAAGUAUUUCGCGCCAUAAGUCGUCAGCGUCUUAGGGUCUCAACUGAGAGAGGACUGAGGAUCAGCAGUAGUGUCGAGGACAUAAGACUUGCUCAGUUGUUGUUCGCGGUAACCUUAGGGUUCUGUAUUUGCUGGGGUCCUGUAAUGGUCGUGGAGUGUAUUAGAUUCAUAGAUUUGUGGACAGUACCGCGCCAAGUGUACCUUGUAAGCACGUACUUUGGAGCAACCAGCAGUGCUAUAAAUGUUUUUAUCUAUGGAGUUAUGAACAGAGCAUUUCGUGUAGAGUUUGUCAAGAUCUUGUGUUGUAAGAAAAAAUUUUGAGCGUGGCGCAGACAAGACAGUAAUUAUUUAAGGAAAACAACGAAGACGACCGUUACGUAACGAAAAUGCUGCGCGAGAAAAAAUUUUACACAGUAGCAGAAUAAUAACUCUAAAAAAUUAAUACGAUAUAAAAACUUUGUUUAGUUUUCAACAAUCCUACAACA